AUGAAUCUCUUCGGUUCCGACUCAAAUCGUUUCGUUCCUCUGCUCGACAUCUACUUUCACUUCUACCUUGCCGUCGGCCUCUUAUUCCAGUCGUUCCUCCUCGUUCUUAUCAUCAGAAAGUCGCCCAGCAAUUUGAGCGACCUCAAGCUCUUCCUCUACAAUACAACUUGUUGUCAGAUAGCAAACAUACUCGCCUCCUAUUUCAUUCAAUAUAGGUUAGUGGUGCUGCCACGUCAUCCUGUUUGCCUACCUCCAAGUUUCAGAGCACUGCCCAAUUCGACAACCUUUGCUGUCCUCGCGAACGGGCUCUGCAGGAAGUUCGGACCGAGCACUUGCUUCUCCACGUAUCAUGUAUUCGUGGUGAGAACCGUCAAGUGGUAUUCACAAGGGACCAAUUAUUACAGGGAAUCAGUUCCAGCGUGGCACUCUCCAUUUCGGCCACUGUUCUCUUCCGCUAUUCUCUGAUCAAGAACUGGAGGCUCUCCCGGAACUGCCUGCUCGCUCUCAUUCUGGCCAGCCACCUCGCCCCUGCGAUCGCCACUGUAAUAACUGACCGCAUAUGACAAUGAUGUUUGCACCUCAACAUUCAGAUCAUUCCGUUCACUUCUAAAUGGGACUUUGACGUGGUGCGAAGACAAUCGGAGCUGGAGCAUCCUUCUUACAACCUCUCCAUCUACGUUCCUUACUCCGGCUUCUCCGACACAACUUCGUUCCGCUUUGUGUUUGUUACUGGACUCGUGGCUUUGGGGGCAUACGGUAUGCCCAUUAUCUCCGUGUUCGCUAUUCGGAAAAUCUUGAUUUUGACGACAACACACGCAAAGCUGUCUAAGAACACGAAGAUUCACGCGAGGGUGCUGAUGAAAGUGAGUCACUUCCUGCUUCCUGCCCACCCGUUUUAUUCUUUCAGGGACUCGCCUGCCAGGUCGUGCUCCCACUGCUUUCUUACUUUCCCAUAAUUACGCUGUACCUAAUAAGUCAGCUCACUUCCGAAGAGUUCCUGAUAACAGGUCCAGACUGAACCCUCCGAACACUCCCACGACUCUCUUUUUGCAGAACACCUUCUCAAUGUAAUGACAAGUCUUCCCGCACUGAUCGACCCGUUCAUUUCUUUCUAUUUCAUAGUGCCCUACCGGGUCGCCAUCCUCCGUCUGCUCAGGAAGAAGGUCAAUUCGACGAUCGACGUCACCACCUACAUCCCGCCGGCAGUUUCUUUCCGUCGUUCGAGCACUCUUCACGCGUGA